AUGCCAAACUAUGACAGUGUGAAAGUUGCGGUACGAGUGAGGCCUUUCAAUAAGAGAGAAAAAUAUGCAAGGAGCAAAUGCAUUGUUUCUAUGAAAACCAAUUGCACCACUAUUUCUGACCCAAAAAAUCCUGGAAAUGAAAAAACAUUUAAGUUUGAUCUGGCAUAUUGGUCUCACAAUGGAUUUUUGAAAAACAAAGAUGGCACACUAGUUUCAGAUGGUCAUAACAGAUACGCAGAUCAAAAAACUGUGUUCCAUGAUCUUGGUCAGGGAGUAUUGAAUAAUGCCUGGCAGGGGUACAAUGCAACCCUACUUGCUUACGGACAAACCGGCUCAGGGAAAAGCUACUCUAUGAUUGGAUAUGGGGCUAACAGAGGUAUUAUCCCAAAUGUAUGUGAGGAGCUAUUUCGAGCUAUUGAAAAUAACCAAGAAAAAGAACAAAGGUACCAGGUAACUUUUAGCAUGCUGGAAAUAUAUAAUGAGCAGGUCACAGAUUUGCUCUCCAAAACCAAGAGGUCUGGUGGCCUAAAAGUGCGAGAAGAUCAGCAUCAGGGAUUUUACGUUGAUGGUCUCAAGUUAGUGCCAUGCGAAAGUUAUACACAAAUUGAAAGACUGAUGGAACAGGGGAAAAAAAUAAGAACCACUGCAUCAACCAGUAUGAAUGCCAGCAGCAGUCGCUCCCACAUGGUUAUCACCAUCCACUUCAAACAGAUUUUCAUGGAAGAGGAUAUUACUAAACAGUCCAGUAUAAACUUGGUGGACCUGGCAGGAAGUGAAAGACAAAAGUCUUCUGGAUCUGAAGGUGAUCGUCUUCGUGAAGGCACCUGCGUUAAUCUCAGUUUGACUACAUUGGGCAAUGUGAUCAGUGCACUUGCUGAAGCAGCCAUGGGGAAGAAGGUUUUACAUAUUCCAUAUCGCGACUCUGUUUUGACCAAACUUCUGCAAUCUGCACUGGGGGGCAACAGCAGGACAGUUAUGAUUGCUGCUAUUAGUCCAGCAGAUAUCUGCUACGAGGAGACUUUGUCAACUCUCAGAUAUGCCGAUAGGGCAAAGAAAAUUAAAAAUAAAGCUGUUAUCAACACCAGCCCAACUGAGCGACUUAUUAAAGAGUUAAAAGCUGAAAAUGACAAGUUGCUGACCCGGUUGACUGGGCUUGGAAAUUCAGGGAAAAGGGUGGAACAAGAUACAAGGGAGCUGCAUCGUUUGCUUACAGAGAAUGAGCUGCGUAUCCAAGCCAUGCAAAUGACUUGGGAAAAUCAGCUACAGGAGGCACGGAAAGAGUGGGAACAGCAGUUUGCCGCAAUCACACAGGAAAGACGCAUGAUGCAGACAUACCCUUAUCUCUUGAAUGUUAAUGAGGAUCCACAGCUUACAGGAGUACUAAAACACUUCAUACAAAAUGGAUCAUCUGAUGUUGGCCAGGCACCCUCCAAUGCAGUAAUCCUGAGGGGAUUAGGGAUUUUACCCAUUCAUGCUACAUUUGUGAACAGCGACAGUAAGGUGUUUGUAAAACCGCAUGGCAAAGCCAAAGUCAUUGUUAAUGGAGUGGCAAUAGUCACCGAAACCAAGCUUCAGCAUCUUGACCGCAUUAUCCUUGGAUCAAACAGUGCUUACCUUUAUAUUGGAUUUCCUGUUGAGCGUGGCUCUGAGGAUAUCGGUAGAUUUGACUAUGAUUUCUUUCAGUCAGAACUUGCUGCAGCUGAAGGAUUUAGUGUUGACAAGUUAGGUACGUGCAGUGCUGCCCACGAUCAAGAAGGUAAACUAGAUCCAAGCGUGCUUGCUGUCUUCCAUGACUACAUUAAAUUGAUGCCAUUGGUUGCAGAAGCAAAUCAGAUGAGUGAUGAGCUUAUGAAGGAUCUUAAAUUUGAAUUGAAGGUGAAAAAUUUGGCCUUGACUGAUUCCAGAGGUUAUGAUCUAAAAAAGGAAAUAAUGGUGAAAGUUAUCAAUCAAACUACUAACCAGGUGUGGAUUUGGUCGAAAUCCAAGUUCAUCAACAGGAAGUUUUUAAUGGAGGAAUUGUAUCAGCGCUUUUUGGAUGGAGGCGUCAACUUUGACCGUGAAAGUGAUCCGUUCUGGGACCCCGUGGGAAUUAUUCAUUUAGGUUCUGCUCACAUCUGGCUCCAGUCUCUAGCUUAUUGUAUGAAAUUGGAGGAACAAACUGAGCUUCUUAAUUGUGAAGGGUUGGAGGAAGCUAUUCUUGUAAUAAAUAUUUCACCUUGUUCCAGUAGUGGAAGGCCCUUUGGAGAAGAAGAUAUAGUAAUCGAUCCUCUGGAAUUACUAGGAAGAAAAAUUGUUUUCCAGAUCCAUAUUAUACAGUGUUUUGGUGUCCGAUGGUUAAAAGAAACUAGUAAUCGGGGUAUUCAAAUAGGCUAUCAGUUUUAUGAUGUUCCAUAUCCAUUGUACACAAAACCAGUCUGGAAAAAUGUGAAUCCAGUUAUUGAACACCAGCUUCAGUUUGUUGCCUUGAACGCAUCAAAUGAACUUUUGAGCUAUUUACAGAAGAAUGCAUUGGUUGUCGACUUGUGGGGUCUGCAAGAAACAAAUCCUGCAUUUGCUAGCUACGGGAUCCCGCCAAUGGGGUUAUAUGGCUAG